CAGGAGUCGCAGGACAGAAAUACAAGAGGAAGAAAACCCUGUAGUUAAAUCGGAGAGGGCGAGAACAGAAAAACAUCAGUCUGCUGCAUUACCCUGGUAUGGAUAACCUUGAGGAGGACCUGACAUGUUCUGUGUGUUAUUCCCUCUUUAAUGAUCCAAGGGUGCUCCCUUGCUCCCACACCUUUUGCAAGUCCUGUCUGGAUAAUGUGCUUCAGGUAUCUGCCAAUUUCUCAAUCUGGCGCCCUCUUCGUCUCCCGCUGAAAUGUCCCAACUGCCGCAGCGUGGUGGAGCUGCCGCCCAGUGGCGUAGACGCGCUCCCCAUCAACGUUUGUUUGCGUGCUAUUAUCGAGAAGUAUCAGCGUGAUGGCCGGCCUCACCCCCCGACCUGCCCCGAGCACCCUCGCCAACCCCUUAACGUUUAUUGCGUCCAGGAUCGCAAACUUAUCUGCGGCUUCUGCCUCACCAUCGGUCAGCAUCAGGGUCACACCAUCGAUGACCUCCAGACGGCGUAUAUCAAAGAGCGCAAUACCCCAGCCAGGCUUGUGGAGCGGCUGACGGACAGGCGCUGGGAGGAGGUGUGCGACAUUGUGGAGAAGCUGGAGCAAGAGAAAGCCCGAUGCGAAAAUCUUAUCCGACAGGACCGUGAGGCGGUCUCACAGUUCUUUCAGGGCUUAGACCUCCUCCUAGCCCGCAAGAAGGACGAAUUCAUGAAGGCACUUGAUGCGGCAAGCACUGAGCUGUCCAAAGCCUACGAUCCCAUCAUUGAGAAGCUGAAGGACAUGAAAGAGGAGCAGUUGGACCUCAUCUCUCUCAGCUCAAGUGUGGAAGAAGAAGACUCGCCUCUUGCUUUCCUCGAGAAGGUGCACCAGUUUCGUGAGAGGGUGAACGUCCUUACUCAGACACCUCUACCCAAGGUUACGCCCCUCUUCAUCUCUCCUCGGGCAGGGGAGUUUCUUGAGGAGCACUGGACCACUGUGACCAUCGGUGGACUAGAGAGUGGUCCGGUUCCAAAGGUCACUUUCCACAAAAAAGGAUGUAAAGGAAAGGGCUUAGUCCAACCCAGUAUUGGUGAAACUUGGGCUGGGGUUCUCCUUCAUUGUUCUCCUUCCAUUGCUUUACUCUGUCUUCUUCUCAUUUUCAUUGGCUUGUGUUUAAACCCAGUAGGAGGUGCAUCCCUGGGCUUUUCUCUUCUGUCUCAGUUAAGUCAGUUCAUUCAGAGUCUGACAGGGGAACUUGCCUCUCCACUCUGUGAUACAUCGACAUUCCUCUACACUGCACUGGAGCAUUUUACUCUUCGAUUAAGCUCAUAUAUUUCAGCUCUAGGUGAACGGCUCUACCUAUAUGUUGCCUUCUUUUUUAAAACAUUGCAAUUAGUUUAG